AUGGCUGUCAAUCUCAUCCCUGGGGAGUUCUCGGCCUUUACUAUUGCAGUCGCUAUUCUUAGCGGCUUUAUCGUCUUCUUCGGAUAUGUGUCCAUGUUUAUCAAGGAACGCAUGUUCCUCUCAGAAGCAUUCGUUGCAGUAAUUAUCGGAAUAAUUGCAGGUCCACUAGUUACGAAUGGCAUAAAUCCAUACGCUUGGGAAAAUAGCGAUGAGAUCACGAAACAAUUAACCCGCUGUAUCAUUGCUAUUCAGGUUAUGGCCGUUGGUAUCGAAUUGCCAAAGCAUUACAUGAAAAAGGAUUGGUUGACCAUGUUUAUGCUACUAAUGCCAGUCAUGAUCUUUAUGUGGCUCGUCAGUGGUCUUAUUGUAUGGAUGUUUGUUCCACCCAUCACUUAUCUUGAAUCACUCGUGAUCGGAGCAUGUGUAUGCCCUACCGAUCCAAUCCUUGCCAAUUCCGUUGUCAAGGGCCGGUUUGCCGAAAAACAUGUACCAUCGCACAUACGAAAUGCUCUUUCUGCAGAAAGUGGUGCAAAUGAUGGGAUGGGAUUUCCCUUUUUGUUUCUUGCCAUCUUUUUGCUAGGUGAAGACCAUGUAGGCAAGGCCAUAGGUAAAUGGAUAUAUGAGACAUGUCUAUUUCAGAUCGCCCUAUCAUGUGUUAUCGGCGUCGUUGUCGGUUACGUUGCACGUAAAAUGCUGCAGUGGUCUGAGCGGCACCAUCUCAUUGAUAAACCUUCUUUUCUAUCUUUUGCGAUCGCCCUUGCACUUUUUUUGAUGAGCAUGACGGGCUUUUCUGGAAGUGACGAUGUCUUGGCAUGUUUUGCUGCAGGCAAUGCAUUCUCCUGGGAUGACUGGUUUCGUAAAGAAACCGAAGAGGCACAUUUUCAAGACGUCAUUGACAUGAUGCUCAACUUGUCUAUUUUCGUCUAUAUCGGAGCCGUCAUUCCAUGGAACGAGUUCCAUGAUCCCGUGCUCGGGUUGACGUGGUGGCGUCUGGUGAUAAUUGCUAUUCUUAUCUUAAUCUUUCGGCGUUUACCGAUCGUGCUCUUACUCAAGCCGGUGAUGCCUGCCAUGAAGACUUAUCGUGAAGCCUUGUUUAGUGGAUGGUUUGGUCCAAUGGGUGUGGGUGCUUUGUUCUUAUCCAAGAUUGCCAAAGAAGAGCUCGAACAAGUGUACCCAAAAGUUGAAGGGCAAGAAGAUGCUGUGCCUAUUCGGCUGAUUAAUCCGAUUGUAUUAUUCAUUGUGCUAUCAUCGGUGCUUGUUCACGGCACAACGAUCCCGUUGUUCCAAUUGGGAAAGCGCAUACGUAGCAGAACAUUAUCCUUUGCAAGCACAAGCAGCAAUCCAAUGAUCAUGAAAUUGCCCAAAUUUUCUGCACGUCGACACAGGUCAAGUCCCGAGUCCACAAUGACCGAGACUCAACGCAAUACCCUAUAUAACACCGCACAUCGUCAACAGCAACAAUUACAACAACAACAACAACAACAACAACAAGCAGGAGGAGACUCGGCUACGAGUGGUGAAACAAUGAUAUCAUCCCAUAACAAUUACAUGGACUAUACGAUCAACAUGCCAUCAUCCAAUGCCUCUGAUAUCCCUGAAGAAGAGUUUCUCCCAUCGGAUGAGCCGCCAAUUUUACAUCCAAUGGAGCCUUCCAAUAUACGCUUUGUGGAACCUGUCAAGCCAAGGUCAUCCACAGGUGCCACAAGUGAAAUGCACGAUGCUGCCGAUCUUGGUCCCGAACACCUUCAGCAGUCAUCAUCGUCUCCUGCUGAUUCAAGGAGGUCGAGUCAACAUAAACGCCACAUGUUUCGAGGUCGUAGCAAGAAACCAAUCCAUGAUGAAGAGGCAAGCAUGCAAUUGAGACAACCCGAUACAUCUUCUUCAGCUUCUACUGCUUCAGCAUCUUCUUCCUCCACAACCCACGCUCAACCCCAUUAA